AUGUCUUUGAGCACCACCAACCAGUCGAGGGCCCCAGCCCUUAAUCCCAGUCUCCUUUCCGAGCUCAUAGCGGAGCAGACCGCCCUGGAAGUCGCGCUCACUUUUAACCGUUCCGAGCGCCGUCAGGCUACCCGCUUUUUCUACAUGUGCGCUUAUGAAAUCGAAUUCAUCAAGGCUGAUCUCAAGAAGCGGGGCUAUUUCGGGGCGACCGGAAUCACUACCAGGGCAGCUGGUGACAAGCCGGUGGCAGAUCUCCUUCAGAAUAUCAAGGGGCUUAGGAAUUUAAAACACGAAAUUGAGCGCCGCAAGAAUACAGCGGGCCGCAAUGUCUUUGAGCUCCCGAGGGAGAUCUUCGAACUGGGCCUAAAGAUUACCUACGAGCAAGGGUUGAUCGAGCAAGCUAAGGAACAAAAGAGGCAGAGGGGAUGGAGCGAGGUAGGCAUUCCACCUCUUCUAUAUAUACCGAGAUCGAGACCGCUCUUACUGAUCUUUAGUGUAGAGGAGAUUAUGGAAGCCUAUAUGGCAGUGAUGGAGGAUAUUAGGAAACACGGAGCAAGCUCUGUGUGA